CCUACAUGGACACACCCCAUGGCCCUAAUCGCACCGCGGCCCGGGCCAGGCGAGAUAAUUGAUUUCAAUGAUCCACCCUCGUCGCCUGAACCAGCACCGCAAAUCCACGAUGGGCCGCUGUACACUUCGCGACCUCUUCCAGAAUAUGUGAGCGCCGAAGACUACCAUGAGGGCCUCAAGCAGAUCCGCGCCCAUCUCGGGCGCGACUGCGGCUUCGGUAUCGCCAUCUCGCGCACCAAAUCGUACACGCCUAUGAAGACGGGCCAGAAGAGGAUAACGCGUGUGAUGUUGCAAUGCGCCCGGUCGAAGGAGUACAAGAGCAAAGGCAUUGGGCAUAAAGUGUACGCGACGCGAAUGACAGGAUGUCCCUGGCGAGCGAAGAUGCAGCCUCAGUCUGGCGGCGGCUGGAAGGUCACUGGUGUUUGUCACGAGCACAACCACGAGUUGAACGAUGUGCUGGAUGACAGAGGCAUGCCUCCGCGUGCGAGGACAACCGCAACAUCGGUGAGAAGGAAGACUGGCGAGGGCUCGUUCACGCCUCCUGCGCCGUCCACAUACACCAAUAUACCGCCUGCUGCUCCACCACCCGUGACUACGAAUUGGCCCAUCAUAACAGUCAGCGGCGUCAGACGUGUUAUAGUCCCCAUGCAGCAGCGACUGUUGACGGCAUCGCGUGGCCAAUUUCCCAUGGAUGAGCCCAUGUUCCUCAUCUACAACGAGCGCUUCCAGAAUAUACUCGGCACCGGUGCAGACCUCAAAGUCGCGUUGGAGGAGGACUUCCCCUUUGCCUACCAGGGCGGCGUCUACACACCAGCGAACGACAUCCUGUACGUGACCAGCAACCAAUACAAUCUCCCAACCGGACACGACAAAGUCGCCAUUAUCAGCAAGAUGACACGCAAUAUCUACAACCAAUGGACACGGACCCAAGUUCCAAAUCAAGUUCGCAACCCCGCCGGCGGCGCAGCCUACAACGACGGCGUGAUCGACGGUAUCCUGUUCUGCGCCCAGGGCGAUAUGGAGAACACCACGGGCCUUGUACAAAUGGAAUCAGACUACCCAUUCCGCAUCCGUACACUAGUCAACAACUACUACGGCCGGCGCUUCAACUCGCCGAAAGACAUCGCCGUGCACAGCGACGGGAGUAUAUACUUCACGGACCCCGUCUACGGCCACGACCAGGGCACACGGCCCCCUCCCGAGCUACCGAACCAGGUGUACAGAUUCGAGCCGCACACGGGAGAUGUGCGAGUCGUGGCUGAUGGGUUCGGGAGGCCGAGUGGGAUAUGCUUUAGUCCGAAGGAAGGCACGUGCUAUAUCAGCGAUACGGAAUUCAUUCAUGGGAAUGGGCAUGUGGAUUUCGAGCGCGCGAGUACAAUCUACGCAUACGACGUCGGCGACCGCGCACAAUCCAAGUUCCUUAUGAACCGCCGCGUCUUCGCCAUGGCUGAUGUUGGCGUACCAGAUGGUCUGAAAUGCGACCUAGCCGGCAACGUGUAUGCCGCGUGUGGUGAUGGUUUGAGUGUAUGGAGUCCUGGUGGCGUGCUGUUGGGCAAAGUGCUUGUCCCUGGCGGCCUUGCUAAUUUUACUUUUGGACGCAAGGGCGAGCUGUUCCUGCUUAAUGGGAAGAAGCUUUGGUUGUUGAAGGUUGCGGAGACGGUGAAGGGGGCGCUGGUCAAUUGGGAGGCGCUGAGGUAUGAAGAAGUGGAGUAGAACCCUUCGCUGCCAGGUCUCGAGGUUUCGAACAGCUUGCUUCCAAUGCGCGAUCUGAUCUCCAGCUCAGAGCACGGCGUUCAAGAAGCAGAAAAUCCGAAGAUGGUCAACACUGACACGCCCUUUCGCGAGGACUCAUUCUCUCCUUCACAACAUCUCAUCCCGGCAGUCACACCCUAUGACUUCCAAAUCAAGUCCACAGAACAGGCAGGUCGCAACGCUGACUAUGAUCUACACAUGGUUUGUGGUCGCCAACUAUUCCUUGAAGCUGGAAGCAAACGCCUCCUCUCAUGCCAUCUCACGAAUUUACCCAAUUGACAUCGUCCA